GUCUGCCCCACCAGCCUCCUCAUAAUUCGCCUUGGCUUGGCCCCGGGGCUCUCUCUAGUCUUCUCUUUCGUGUUCUUUUUCUUUCAUUUCAACAACAUUGCUCGAAACUGACACACAAACAAAGACAGUGAUCGAGGGAGACACAGAGAGAGGAGAGAGAAGAGAGAUAGACAUUGAUAUUUGAUAAAGAGAGAAAACUAACGCCACCUACUCCACAACCCCACCAUGUUUGCUGUUCCUAAACACACCCUUCAACCCCAAAGACCGCAACUUUAAUACUUUCCUCCACUAUUUCAUGACAUUUCUGUUUCUGGGUUUCUCAAAUGUCAGCUGCUGCUCAGGCUACCCAUUACCGCCAUUCGGUCAGCGGAGGCAGUGACGUGUCAGUCUCCGAUGACUCGGACGACCAGUCUUGGCACUCCGUGCUUGAGUCCACCGCAGGAGGAGGAGGAGGGCCUCAGUCUCAGCUUUCUGGGGUGUCUGUUUCAGUUAAUGUUCAGAGGGACUCUUGUGAUUCCAAUUGCUCUCUGGAGGUGGAUUUGGAGAGUGGGGUUUUGGAGUUGAAGGUGGUGCAUUUGAGUAAAGUUGAAAGAAUUUGCAGAAUUUGCCACCUGGGUUUGGAGGGUGGUGGCCCAGAUGGGAUCCCAAUUGACUUGGGUUGCUCUUGCAAGGGUGAUUUGGGUGCUGCUCAUAAGCAAUGUGCUGAGACUUGGUUCAAGAUCAAGGGUGAUACAACCUGCGAGAUCUGUGGCUCCACUGCAUUCAACAUUGCCACUGAGCAGACAAAUGAGGCAAAUGGCACUACUACCACACUCCCAUCAGUACCAGCAGCACCCAUGAUCCUGGUGGAAACCAGAACCAUGUGGCAUGGCCGCCGCAUUAUGAAUUUCCUACUUGCCUGCAUGAUCUUUGCCUUUGUAAUCUCAUGGCUUUUUCACUUCAAAGUGCUUUAAUGAACACAAGCAGGGAAAAGAUAUGUAAAUGUGUGGCAGCGGUAAGUUGCAGUUCCAAUUCUUAUUGUGCUUGUACUGCUACUUGUCUGUGCCCGGUCCUACUUGGCCCUACAUUCUUGUUUGAGGCUUAGUUCCAAACUUGUAUGCUCUCUGUCAUCUGUAAUAUAAAAGGUGCUACCUGGCUAUCUAUAACAAGUUAUAUUAUUUUUGGAUAAGUGAGUAAGAUCCUGUUUUCCAUCUGCAA